GAGGGAAAUUCUACUCACCCUCUUUUCCAAUGCCUUCCAGGUGAAAGUCGUGGCUGUUGAUACGGAGCUGAAUGUCUUCUAUGAGGACAGUGUGCAUUUUGAUAGAGACCUUCCAGAAUUUGGGACUCAGGGUGGAGUUCAUGUUCACCAGGAUGGUCUGACAGUGACUUCUCCAGUCCUGAUGUGGGUCCAGGCUUUGGAUAGCAUCCUGGAGAAGAUGAAGGCCUCGGGCUUUGACUUCUCUCAAGUCCUCGCCUUGUCGGGGGCAGGCCAGGCCUGUUUCUCUAUCAGCGACUGCCCAGUGUGGAUGGACUCCAGCACCACCGCCCAGUGCCACCAGCUAGAGACGGCCGUGGGGGGCGCCCAGGCGCUCAGCUGCCUCACUGGCUCCCGGGCCUACGAGCGAUUUACAGGAAACCAAAUUGCAAAGAUUUACCAGCAGAACCCUGAGGCCUACGCACACACAGAGAGAAUUUCCUUGGUCAGCAGUUUCGCCGCUUCCCUGUUUCUUGGGUCUUACUGCCCCAUUGACUACAGUGAUGGUUCUGGAAUGAAUUUGUUGCAGAUCCAGGACAAAGUCUGGUCCCAGGCUUGCCUUGGUGCCUGUGCACCUCAUUUAGAGGAGAAGCUUGGCCCCCCGGUACCAUCAUGCUCAGUUGUGGGAGCCAUUUCUUCCUACUACGUCCAGCGCUACGGAUUUCCUCCAGGAUGCAAAGUGGUGGCUUUCACUGGGGACAACCCAGCGUCGCUGGCAGGCAUGAGGCUAGAGGAAGGUGACAUUGCGGUCAGCCUGGGCACCAGCGAUACCCUGUUUCUCUGGCUCCAGGAGCCCACGCCCGCCCUAGAGGGCCACAUCUUCUGCAACCCGGUCGACCCCCAGCACUAUAUGGCGCUUCUGUGCUUUAAAAAUGGCUCUCUCAUGAGAGAGAAGAUCCGCAAUGAAUCAGCUUCCUGUUCCUGGAGCCAGUUCUCUGAGGCGCUGCGGUCCACGGAGAUGGGGAACGGUGGAAACUUGGGUUUUUAUUUUGACGUAAAGGAGAUCACCCCUGAAAUGAUCGGGCGUUAUAGGUUUAGUGCAGAAAACCGUGAGGUCUCAGCGUUCCCCAAGGAUGUGGAGGUCCGCGCACUGAUUGAAGGACAGUUCAUGGCCAAGAGGAUUCACGCCGAGGGCCUUGGCUACCGAGUUAUGCCCAAGACAAAGAUUUUGGCCACUGGAGGGGCUUCUCACAACAGAGACAUAUUACAAGUGCUUGCGGAUGUGUUUGGCGCCCCAGUAUACAUCAUAGACACUGCCAACUCAGCCUGCCUGGGCUCUGCUUACCGAGCUUUCCACGGCCUUGCAGUUGCGACAGACAUGUCCUUUUCAGAGGUUGUGAAGUUAGCCCCAAAUCCCAGAUUAGCUGCUACCCCAAGCCCAGGCGCUUCUCAGGCCUAUGCUGCCCUUCUCCCCAGGUAUGCCCGGCUUGAGCAGAGAAUCCUGUCCCAGCCCCGGGGGCUUCUGGAGUGAGUCCUGCAGGCCCGGGAGUGAGCCUGUUGACCCUGCCUGCCCACACUCGCUGACCCCACUCGGAGACAUGGCCCUGGACAGCCGGACCCUCUUCUUGUUCUGGGUGCCAGCCCUCUGACUUCUGAGGUGCUCCAGCCCAGUCUGGGACCACCGGGAAGCCUGCUUAGCGCAUCUUCCCUGUGUCCUUGUGCUCAGGGCAGGGGAGCAUCUCUUUUCCUGCCUUUAUUUCAGGAGGCAGGAUAACACUGAGCCUGGGAUGUCUCCAAUAAAGACUGUGACUUUUUCAUUUUCAAA